ACAACACGUGGGUAUGCGGUGGUAAAAUGGCAAUUCCUUCGUGUUGUUUGUCUUAUUUCAGAACUCCGAUUUUACCGAAUAAACGGGUGAAUAUUACGCACAUAUGUUCCAGAAAAUGUAAUUUCUUUCUGUUUAAGCAUUUUAGACGAUUUAAAAGCGAUGUGCCGUUCACAAAAAUUUCUCCGGGAGAAGUCAACGUAGAAUUUAGUUCGGGAAUUCCGCUAAGAAUUAGUACAGGAAAACUUGCUCGAUUCAGUGAUGGUUGUGCCGUAGCUCAAGUUGGUGACACUUCAGUUAUGGUGACAGCUGUGAGUAAAAUUAAAUCUACAACAGCAUCAUUCUUACCGUUAACAGUAGAUUAUCGACAGAAGACAGCAGCUGCUGGAAGAAUUCCAACAAAUUUUUUAAGACGAGAAUUAGGACCAACUGAAAAAGAAAUUUUAACUAGUAGAGCUAUUGAUAGAUCCAUCAGGCCAUUAUUUCCAGAAGGUUACUUUUAUGAAACACAGGUGACGUGCAAUCUUCUAGCAGUUGAUGGAUGUAAUGAUCCUGAUGUAGUUAGUAUAAAUGCAGCUUCUGCUGCAUUGGCACUUUCUGACAUUCCAUGGAGAGGUCCCAUUGGUGCUGUACGAGUUGGAAUGAUCAAUGAUGAAAUUAUAAUCAAUCCAUCACGUAGAGAAAUAACUGAAAGCACAUUAAAUCUUAUAGUAACUGGAGCUGAACAUAAUCAAGUUGUAAUGUUGGAAGCUUCAGCUGAGAAUAUACUUCAACAGGAUUUAUUAAAAGCUAUUAAACAAGGUGUAAAAGAAACUCAACAUAUUGUAAAUGGUAUAUUACAACUUCAGAAAGAGUAUGGCAAAAGUAAAAGAGAAGUUGAGAAUUAUUUUGUUCCUUUGUCAGAACUUGUUGAGGCAACUAAAUCAUUGUGUGAAAUUCGUGUAAAAGAAAUAUUAUCGGAUUACUCACUUGAUAAAGUAUCUAGAGAUGUUGCCUUACUUGAAAUUAGGCAAGAGGUGGUCGAAAAAUUAAAAGGAUCUAUUCUUAUUGCUUUAUCUGUUUUUUUAGCUAUUUCUGUUUCCCAAAUACUAAGAAUUCUGUUUGGUUUUUAUACUAGUUCUAUUUUUGAUCUUAGUGUAUUCCAUGAUCCUAUGUCUGUAAUAACAGGAUGUGAUGGCAGAGAACUGACUGACAUCAGAGAUAUAUCAUGUUCAGUGGAUUUAUUUAGGCCUCUUCAUGGCUCAGCUCUUUUCCAAAGAGGACAGACACAGGUUUUAUGUACAGUGGCAUUUGAUUCACUGGAUUCUUCAUUCAGAGCUGAUCCUAUGUCUGUAAUAACAGGAGGUUUGAAAGAGAAAAAUUUUAUGCUUCAUUACGAGUUUCCUUCAUAUGCAACAAAUGAAACUGGUAAACUUGGUCCAGCUGGCAGAAGAGAAUUAGGACAUGGUGCUUUAGCGGAAAAGGCAAUUAGACCAGUUGUUCCUUCAGAUUUUCCCUUUACUAUAAGGCUCACAUCAGAAGUUUUAGAGUCUAAUGGAUCAUCAUCGAUGGCAUCAGUGUGUGGAGGUAGUUUGGCAUUGAUGGAUGCGGGAGUGCCUGUUAGUUCUGCAGUUGCGGGAAUAGCCGUGGGACUCGUUUCUAAAGUAAAUCCGGAAAAACCGUAUGAACUUACAGAUUACAGGAUUCUGACAGAUAUUUUGGUAAGAUUAUUAAAUGGUAAAUUUAAGUACGCUCCCAAACCUUACGAUUUUGGAUACGACGUGCAAGAUUCGUAUGGGAAUCAACAGUUCCGUAAAGAGACCAGCGAUGGAAAGGGAAGAGUAGUUGGAUCCUACGGAUAUACAGAUGCAUACGGGAUAUAUCGCAUUGUGGAAUAUGUAGCAGACGAAUUUGGAUACAGGGCGAAGGUCAAGACAAACGAACCGGGCACAGCUAACCAGAAUCCUGCACACGUAACAAUUGCUGACGGGGUGGAAAUGUCAAGAGGAUUGAAGGGUUACAAAGGGUCAUAUGUGGGCGAUUGGUACCGAGACGGACUCUAUGGUUACGAGAAACCAUUUAUGUUACACGAAAGGAGUUUACAAGAUUUCCGCAAUAUUGGAAGUUCUAAGUCAGCAGUAGAUGUUAAAUUAUUGGGACUUCCUUUAAAAGUAGUAAUGGAAGCAGUGAAACAAGGAAGUGAUGGAAAGUCAAAAAUCUUGAGUAUUAUGAAUCAAGUCAUAAAUAAACCAAGAGAAGAAAAAAAAGACAAUUGGCCAGUAUCAGAAAAGCUAGAAAUUCCUAUUCAUAAAAGAUCAAAAUUUAUUGGUCAUGGUGGAUACAAUUUAAAGAAACUAACAUCAGAAACAGGUGUUCGUGUCACGCAGAUUGACGAUGCAAACUAUACUAUUUUUGCUCCGAACCAACAAGCCAUGGAUGAAGGUCGCGAAAUGAUUGAGAAGUUCUUAGAAGAGGAGAAGGAACCUACCUUAGAAUUUGGAGCAAUAUAUACAGCAAAAAUAGUGGAAAUCAGGGAUUCUGGUGUAAUGGUUACCCUAUAUUCUUCUAUGACACCAACUCUUCUUCACAAUUCUCAGCUAGAUCAAAGAAAGAUAAACCACCCAAGUGCCUUGGAUUUGGAAGUGGGCCAAGAAAUUAAUGUGAAAUAUUUUGGAAGAGAUCCAGUAAAUGGUCAAAUGAGACUCUCUCGAAAAGUUUUGCAGGGACACAUUUCGAGUGGUGUGGCGAAAAAAUUAGACGAGCACAAGAACGUUUCUGUAUAUAAUCUAAAAUCUAAUUCUCAAUGAAUACAUUUAUAUACAAAUUAUUUUAUAUCAGAGU